UGUGAGGUUGGGGAGGAAGUCCAGCAGCUAACAGGAAUUCAGUUAUUUAUUAUUUAACUUUCUGUUCUCAGGGACCUGAGUGAACUGUAAAAAUAGAGCACGUACAUAAUCUCCCAUUGAACACGAAGGAAACCAUUAAAUGUCUCUGAAAGCCCAAGGGUCGCAGUUCACUAAACUGAAAGUUGCUUCUCCUGUUACCCAUGGCAAACAUAACAGAAAAUGGUGAAGGGCAGUUUGUAAUCAGCUCUGCUGUCGAUGAAUCCUGUGUAUCUUGUCACAGCUGCAGUGGCAGUAUGGCGAAAUAUACUGACGAAUCCUUUACAUCCUAUACUGAUGAAAAUGAGACUGAUCAAUCCUACAGUCAAUCAUUUGAAUCUUAUCCUUUUGAUGAGGAAUUUGAAACAACAACAGAAUCAGAAGUGACUAAGAUCAAAUCUGAAAUGGAAUCUCUGUCACCUCCAAAUAUCAAACAAGAAAUGAAAGAAGAAUUUGAAUGCUGUGAAGACCCUGAAGAUUUGCGAGCAAAACAAAAAUUUAUAGAAAAGUGUCUUGAUAUGUUGAACAAAAACAAGUUUGUCUCUUCUCCACACCAUGUAAAAGAACAGUAUAUGGUUUUCUGUAAAGAGGCCGCUCAGUCUCUCCCAGUCGAAUCAGCACCUUUGCAAAUGUAUUGUCAUAUGAAGAUUCAGCAGAUUCAUCAGCAAUUUCAAGCAAAACAGUCGGAGUGCUGUAAACAUGGACAGCCACAUUCAAACAAACCUUUCCGAAGAAAGACUGUUCCUCAGCGAAGCUGCAUUGUACCUCAGCAGUUAAUAAACCGAAUACGAUUUAAAUGCACCUCAGAGAAAGUUAAACAGGUCAUGGAAACCAGCAUGCAUCAACCUUCCAUAUGUGCUGCCUGUGUGAAAAAGCUCAGUGAGCUGGCAGAACACAACUUCCUCCGUGUCAAGAGCAUACAAUUGGAAGAAAUGUUAAUCCAGGAUAAAAUAGAGGAGCAUAUUUAUACCAAGGAGCCUUUGCGUUUAGGAGAUUCUGCAGAAACAAACUGGACACACUUACACAGAUUGGAAAAAUACACAGAGACCUCCCAAAGUACUCCGAUGCCCCUACUUUGGUGUGGAAGAGAUUAUUUGAUAGAAAAACCCAAACUUAACUUUGUAUUGUUUGGGCUGUUUACAGCAGAUAUGGUUUUGGAUAUUGAGUCAUAAGAAAAUAUAAAUGCUCAGUUUGAUAAUUAUGGUACCUGCUGAAACACUUAAUUUCUGUGGCUGAGAAUGGCUUUAUUAUUACCUCCCCAAAGGUAUCUUUUUCAAAAUAUUUAAUAAACAAAAGGCUGUUUGCUAUUACUUUACCCAGACACUAACACAGAUUCCUCAAAAUGUAUUCUUUAAUGUCAGCCAAGCUAUCACAAACUGAGGGCCUUAGUUUCAACUCUCUGUCAGUGAUGAGUGGUUUAGUUGAUCUUAGUUGAUACAGCAGUUUUGGUGAUAUAAGUGUCCUCAAUAGGUCUGGCCAGAGAGAGGAAAGGAUUAACCAGCAUUCUGUGCGUGAUUGCUACCAAUCAGGGGAAAAGUGUUUGUGAAUGAUAUCAAAGGAUAUGAUGUGACAUCCUUUUGGUUAUGGAUCACUAGAAACAAAAAGAAACACAAUAAUCUAAUUUGUACCCAAGUGCAAGAGUUGAAUUUGAGAUUCUUCAUUGGUUAU